CAGGCGCGGGGGGCCGCGUCGAGAACCCCACGCGGGAGCUUGUGGAGUCUCCAGCCACCGCUUCUCACUUCAUUGGAGAAGGGAGCUGGGGCUGGGGCCGGGAGGGAGCUAAUAAACAGUGAAUGUGCAGCAGCCGCCUUGGCGGCCGGAGUCCGCCCGAGCGACACCGGAGCAGUGCACCCGGGAGGCGGCGAGGGGAGGCGGUUCGCCUUGUCCCUCCCACCCGCGCCUCUUUCUCUCUCUUCCUCCAGCUGGUCCCAGAGCCCGGCUCGGUCCGGUCCCUCUGCCCCCAUCCCGCACCCUUCCACCUCCUCCGAGUCCCACUCCUCACCUAGGACGCCCCAAACUGCCAUGGGUUAGGGUGGGAACCGCGACCCGCGCGAAAGACCGGCCCUGCGCUUCCGCCGGGGAACGCGGAGCCCAAACACCGCUCACCGCUUGCGGGCGCCGGGCAUGGGGAGUGUGGUGUGAGCCGCACCCGGGGAGGACGCAGGAGCUGCGGAGCCGGGCGCGAGGAGGAGGAGAGGAGUCGUGGAUUGGAAGGACUCGAGGGAGGGAGGGUGGGGAAGCGACGGAAAAGUGAAGCUGGGAGGAGAAGGCGGCGGAAGGUGGGGAUUGAUGCUUCUGUUUUUUGUUGCCGCUGCUGCCCUCGCGCUGGGAGCCGAGCCGGAGGGAAGGCGGUGGAGAGAUGAUUGCAGAGUUGGUGAGCAGCGCUCUGGGGCUCGCCUUGUAUCUCAACACCCUGAGUGCGGAUUUCUGCUAUGAUGACAGCCGUGCUAUCAAGACUAAUCAGGACCUUCUCCCAGAAACUCCAUGGACGCACAUUUUCUACAAUGAUUUUUGGGGGACUCUUCUAACCCACAGUGGGAGCCACAAGUCCUACCGGCCACUCUGCACUCUUUCUUUUCGCCUGAACCAUGCCAUUGGAGGGUUGAAUCCCUGGAGCUACCAUCUUGUCAAUGUCCUGUUGCAUGCAGCAGUCACUGGUCUCUUCACAAGCUUCUCCAAGAUCCUCCUUGGUGACGGAUACUGGACAUUUAUGGCUGGCUUGAUGUUUGCUUCUCACCCCAUUCACACGGAGGCGGUGGCAGGAAUCGUGGGACGAGCCGAUGUCGGGGCCAGUCUCUUCUUUCUCCUCUCCUUGCUCUGCUACAUUAAACACUGUUCUACAAGAGGCUACUCAGCCAGAACCUGGGGCUGGUUCCUGGGGACAGGGCUGUGCGCAGGAUGCAGCAUGUUGUGGAAGGAACAAGGAGUGACUGUUCUCGCAGUUUCAGCAGUUUAUGAUGUCUUUGUCUUUCACAGGCUGAAAAUAAAACAGAUAUUACCUACCAUUUACAAAAGGAAGAACUUGUCGCUUGUCCUCAGCAUUAGUUUGUUAACUUUCUGGGGGUCCUCCCUUUUGGGUGCCCGGUUAUACUGGAUGGGAAACAAACCACCAAGCUUUUCCAACUCGGACAAUCCCGCUGCUGAUUCAGACAGCCUCCUCACCCGCACGCUCACCUUCUUCUACUUGCCAACCAAGAACCUCUGGCUGUUGCUAUGCCCAGAUACCCUCAGUUUUGAUUGGUCGAUGGAUGCUGUGCCUCUGCUCAAAACAGUUUGUGACUGGAGAAACCUACACACUGUGGCCUUCUAUACUGGACUCCUCCUCCUUGCCUACUAUGGUUUGAAGAGCCCGAGCGUAGACAGAGAAUGCAAUGGGAAAACUGUAACAAAUGGCAAGCAGAAUGCAAACGGACAUAGCUGCCUUUCAGAUGUGGAGUACCAGAACUCAGAGACUAAGUCCAGCUUUGCAUCCAAAGUAGAAAAUGGCAUUAACAACGAUGUAUCACAGAGAACCCAGCUUCCUUCUACGGAGAACAUUGUUGUUCUGUCUUUAUCUUUGUUAAUCAUACCCUUUGUUCCUGCCACAAACCUGUUUUUCUAUGUCGGCUUUGUAAUUGCAGAGCGAGUAUUAUAUAUUCCUAGUAUGGGCUUCUGCCUGCUGAUUACAGUGGGUGCUAGAGCCCUUUAUGUCAAAGUCCAAAAGCGGUUCCUCAAGAGCUUGAUUUUUUAUGCUACAGCUACACUAAUUGUUUUUUAUGGACUCAAGACUGCGAUCAGGAAUGGAGACUGGCAGAAUGAGGAAAUGCUGUAUAGAUCAGGGAUAAAAGUAAACCCAGCUAAAGCAUGGGGUAACCUUGGAAAUGUUCUGAAGAGUCAGAGCAAAAUUUCUGAAGCUGAAAGCGCCUAUAGAAAUGCUUUGUAUUACCGCAGCAACAUGGCUGACAUGCUUUAUAAUUUAGGGCUACUUCUCCAGGAGAACAGCAGGUUUUCAGAAGCACUACAUUAUUAUAAAUUGGCCAUUGGGAGCAGGCCUACCCUGGCUUCUGCAUAUUUAAAUACCGGUAUUAUUCUAAUGAACCAAGGAAGGACGGAAGAGGCCCGACGGACAUUCUUAAAGUGUUCUGAGAUCCCAGAUGAAAACCUAAAGGACCCUCAUGCACACAAGAGCUCUGUUACCAGUUGUUUGUACAACCUGGGAAAGCUGUAUCAUGAGCAGGGACACUAUGAGGAAGCCCUUAGUGUAUACAAGGAAGCAAUUCAGAAAAUGCCAAGGCAGUUUGCCCCACAGAGCUUGUACAACAUGAUGGGUGAAGCGUAUAUGCGUUUAAGCAAACUCCCCGAAGCAGAGCAUUGGUAUAUGGAAUCACUGAGAUCCAAGACUGACCACAUCCCUGCUCAUCUCACCUAUGGGAAGCUGCUAGCUCUAACAGGUCGUAAGAGUGAGGCUGAAAAGCUCUUCUUGAAGGCUAUUGAGCUGGAUCCCACCAAAGGAAACUGUUACAUGCAUUAUGGUCAGUUUCUUCUGGAAGAAGCUCGUCUCAUAGAAGCAGCUGAGAUGGCAAAAAAAGCAGCUGAACUAGACAGCACAGAGUUUGAUGUUGUCUUCAAUGCUGCCCACAUGCUCAGACAGGCUAGCCUCAAUGAAGCAGCCGAGAAGUAUUAUGAUCUGGCAGCCAGGCUGAGGCCUAAUAGACAAGGUGUUAAUGAGGGUCUUAUCACCUACUACCUUGGAGAAGGGAGAGAGAAGGUCACAGAGUGACCGUCCUUCUUCUGCAGUUUUGGUUUUUUUCAGCUUAAAAUACUCUGUAUUAUAAGGAACCAUGCUUUGGGUGGCUGUUCUGAACCCUGUCACGUUAAUUGCGAGAUGUUUCAAGAAUUGAUAAGCAAUUUGCAACAGAAGAAAAUAACUUAAUAAUCAUGGUGAGAACAAUGACAGCUAAAAUUUAUUGAGCACUUAUUAUUAUGUGCCAAGCACUGUGCUAAGUACUUCAUUCAUUUCUCACAACAACCCACAGAUAUCUUUGUGAUCCCUAUUCUCUGGAAGGGCUGCGAAGUUAAUAACUCACCCACUGUCAAAACCAAAUGGAAUCACACUGUAACCCGGGCCACUGAAUGCAUAACAGAAAGCUUGAUGGAAAAAAAAUGUAGCCAUAUCUUAGAGAGGAAAGGCAAGCCAGAAAUUAGGAAAACCUAAAUAAUGAUAGUCAUUUUAUUUAUUUAUUCAGUAAUAUUUACAGAGUACCAGGUAUUACUUUAGGCAGUGGCUAUACAGCAGUGAACCAAAUGGUUAGGAGCUCACAAUCUAGUCUGAGGAGAAGGAGCUAGUAUAUCAAACAGUGAGAAGUGCUUUGGAGAAAGCUGGAGCAGCACAAGUGAGUUAAGAGUUGUGGCAGGGAAGGGGGUGGCGUGCACUAUGCAUGGUUUGGUAAAUGCCCUAGUCGGACAGCUUUCUACAGUAUUUCUAGGAAAAGGGUUGAAUUUGAAGUCUUAUUAUUACAACUUCAUUAAAGGCAGAGAUCCGAGUUUUUUUUGUUGUUGUUGUUGUUUUAUUGCCUUCACGUUAAUAAGAUGCUAUGAAUGUACAUAAUGCAUGAUAGGUAAAUGCAAUUGUUUUUUGAGUACUGGUCACUUGAGUGUCAUGUUGAUUUUUGGUCAAGUGGUUGGUCAAAUGACCAUCUUCAGCAUGUUAUAAUGAAUUAGUGAGAGAAGAGCUACCUGAGCUAUCUGACCUGGACUAAAAAAUGAAAGACACUCGGAUAUUACAAGAUUUGAGUCUGAUUUGUGAAAUGGUUAAUUUUAAAAGACUAAGCAAAUCAUAAAAUCAAUAUUUAAUCUCCAACUGGAAACCAUUUUUUUCUGAACCCUCAAAAUGUUUCUUCAUAAACCCGCUGCAGACUGCUUUUCAAAAUAUGUUUAUUCAAAUGAUACUUUCCCUAUCUGGCAACAAUACUUUUAAAAUGAUGGGAUAGAAUAAAGUAUUCACAUUUAACAGUGAAUAAAUGAUGUUACAAUUGAUGGAUCAACAGAUAUGAUUUUUUCCUAAUCUGUUUUCAGAAUUGUGUUUUGACUUACAGUAUGUGGUCUAGGUGAGUAAAACACCACAGCACAGAGGAAGCAGUGAUAAAAUACAAGCCAUGGCAGUAAUAUAAAUUUCUCCUAUCCAAGUACUAACCAGGACCAACCCUGCUUAGCUUCCAAGAUCAGACAAGAUAGUAAUAUAAAUUUCUGUUCUGAAAUGAAGAGACCUUUUUAAACAAUAACCCGUGUAAUGAUUUAUUAGCAAUGACCCAUCUGAUCUGAAUUAAAACAUUCAUUUAACAUUUAUCUUGUUCAUAUCUGUUUAUUACCUUUGUUCAUAAAAAACAUUCUUUGUUAUUUCUCUGCUUUUAACUUAAUAAAUUUGGUACCUGCCUAUAUGAUAGCAUAGCUAACAGACUUCGACUCCAGUCUAUUUAAAUAGUUCCAUUGUCUUUUCUAGUUUUCUCCCCUACACAGUAAUCUAAUCUUACUCUUACUUUCUUCUAAAAAUUUUCUUCUAAAGAAUUUUCUUCUGUUCUUUAAGUACAACUAGGAGGGUAAAAAUCAGUAGCUGUAUGUGAGAGACUCUGUGAAUGUUUCACCAAUGUUCAUAUCAGAUCACUACUAUACAAAAUAAAGUAGGAAGCUGCAACCUCUGUUACAGUCAUAUUAAAAAGCUUGCUGUCUGUGGGAUAUUCUUUCUUAAUAAAAUACCGAUUCCAUUUCUUCAAUAUGUCCCAUGAUGAAUUUCUUUAUGUUUUCUAUGAUAUGAAAGCCAUAUUUUCCACAUAAUGUACUUUGAAAUUGUUAAUUGUAUUUUUGCAUCAUUUUACGUACAAAGAAUUCCAGUGGUCAAAUACUAAAAUAAUGAAAGAUGUCUAAAUUAGCAGGCACAAAAUAAGUUUUAGAUUCUGACGUUGUCUCUUUAUCAGAGAUGUUUAAUACCUUGUCGUUUACCAAAUUACACAGUUAGAGAAGUCUAUUUAUUACAAAAUGACGCCAUUACCAUUUUUGUUUUUUUUACUUGAUUUUUGGAGCUGAUUGUCCUAAAAUUAAACCUUAUAAUACAUUAAAACAUGUUUCUAUAAUAGGAAAACUCCUUACUGAAAUUGCUAUUUUUAGUUUUUUUAGUUUUAAUUUUUUGUUUUGUUUUGUUUUAAAUAAAUUGACCUUUCUUUGGAGGUUACAUUAAAUAGACAACAGUCUUCUCUGUCUUCUCUCUCACUAAUGGGCAUCAAAAAAUGCUGACUCUCAAGGACUAGAGGGAUAUUAAAUGGAACUGCUUUGUUCUUCCUGGAGGAAUUAAGCCAAAUUCUGCAUUAACUUAUGGAUUUUUAAAAAAUGGUUAAUGUGAAGAAUGGGAAAUUUGCAUAGUACAAAGUCACCGGCUUUUACUUGACUUUUUGUAAACUCUAGAGUUAGAAGAGAGUAAUUACCAAUGAUAGGUCUGUACAUCUUAUAUUUUUGGGGAUGUAAUUGUUUUUAAUAUGAAUUUAUUCAACUUACUUUUUAUCAAGUUCCAGCUUUAUGUAAGACUGUGCCAAAUGCAGUAGGGUUUGAAAGUUAUGAAACAUUAACCUUGUCCUUAAGAAAUGUACAAUCUAAUGUGGGGAGGGAGUGAAGGAGAGAACAUGGGAAUCCCAAUCCUCAAACAUCAGGGCAAUAAAUAAUAGCAUCUAAUAAGUGCUUUGUGAGACAUGUGAGCUAGGUGUAAGCAAAGCGCACAGGAGAGAGAAACGACGUUCAGCUGGAUGGAGCUGAAGAGACACUGAGUCACAGUUGACAAGCUAAGAGAAACUUGGAAUGAUAGGAUGCCUGUAAGUAAGGAUUUUAGCAAGAACAAGGAGAGAAUUCUGGCAGGGAGAACUAUGCACAUGAACUAGGGCAACAUGUACCGAGAGGAAGGGUAUAGGGGAAGAUAGAAAUGAAAACUACCAUAAAACUAGAUGAAUGGUAGUGGAUACCAUACUAAAAAUGUGGCGUUUGUAUUUUAAAAUGUUAUUAAGCAAAGUGACAUAAUGAAAAGAGUAAUUUAGGAUGGCCAUUUAUAUGAUGAAAUGAAACAUGUCGAUUGUGUUUGAGGAAGUAGAGUUGGGAGAUACAGCCUUGGGAAAACUUAAUAAAAGAUCAUGGUAAUAGUAUAGGCAUAAGGUAGUGAAACUAAAGUACAGAGAUGGAGAGAAAUGGAAAAGAACAUACAGAUAAAUUAAGUAAUAGAUUAUUUCAAAAGACGUGAAGAAGAUAAUUAGCUGGCCACCAUAUAUGUUCCAAAAUUUUGAUUUUAGGUAACCUGGAAGAAAAGAAAUGCCACAAAUAUAAAAAUUGUAAUCAGAGGACUUUAUUUAUUAUAAGAACAAAAUGGUUAGACUGAGCACAUUCUGAGCGAGAGAAUCUGCUUACUCUCAUUUUCUCAUGAGACAUUCCUAUCAAGGAAGGAGUCAGAAGGCCAUAGUGAGGGAUAGAGACUUGGGAGUCAUUUGCAAAAAAGGAAAUGGUACCAAAUAAGUGGGUAGCAUCACCAAAGGAGGGAAUAUACAAAAGAGAAGAGAGUCAGUGUCAGACAUUUGGGAAUUUCGACAUUUCAAAUUUAGAAUAAGGAAGGCAGCCAAGACAGUGACGGGGCAUAGAAAGCAAAGUUGAUGAGCAGGGAACACUGCUGCAAAAAGGUAAAGAAAAACAAGGACAGAGAAAGUCCUUUGACUUCCAAGAGUAAGCAUAUUUGUGCCCUUUGGGAGUGCAGUUUCACAUAAGUGAUGUGAGCAGUUGAGGAAAUGGAGAAUUGGAAGUGGGUGGUGUAAGACUUAUUCUGUAAUGAUGUUUGGAAACAAAUAUUAAAUUUGAAUAUUACCAAUUAAAGAUAGAUGUUGAGAUGUAUGUGUCUCUUUGUUAAAUAGGGUACUAAAAAUGUGUGUAUGCAUGUGAACAUGAGACUGAAAAUGUGUCCAAGGUGAAGGGAGCGCAAAGGAAAUAUCAGAGAUAUUUAAGGAUUGCUUCCUCCCCAGUGACUGAAGAAGAAAAAGGACACCGUGAAGAUACAGAGGGAAAAACAAAACUAGAAAUAGAGGGGAGCUAACUUUAGGUAGUAAAUUAUUUCGGUUAUGCUCUUUUGAUUAUCUGCUAAUCCUGUGGGGGAAGAAAGGAUAGAAUUUUAUGUUAAAGACUCAUGGACAACUCCAUGUUCUGAGAAGCACAGUAGGUAAUAUUUGAUGCCGGUCUGUACUAUCUACAUGGAAUAAAUAAGUACCAAUGAGAACACAUUUUUUUCGGUGAUCACUGGUAGAUUACUUCUAGUUUUGACUCAGCUCUCUGAUCUAUAUGCUAACUAUUGUAUUUGCAUUUUGCAUUUCUAAUAUGUAGAAUAUUUUAUAAAUAUCCCAUGUGUAUUUAGUAUAUAUGCAUUAAAAGGAGAAUAUCUUUCAAGGAUAAUAUUAUCGAUAGAGAACUUCAUAUAUGCAUUAUACCUUUCCCAGGUACUUAGAACAUAAAUUAUUUCAGAACAUUAUUAUAAAAUCAAAACCAGUGUGAUCCAUUUGGGCUCUUUAGCAAUGGUUAUAUGUCAAAAGAUUAAACUGAGAAACAUGGGAAGAGAAGAUUCAAAUAAAUGAGCUUAUUGACAAAAUGCAGCUGUGUUACAAGGUAGUCCACAUAUUCUGUAACGUAUUACUUUCAAUUUGACUCUCAUUUUUAUGGUGAAUAUGGUGGUAGGGGAAUGACUGUGGAGUGGAAAUAACCACUAAGACUGAGCUCUGGGGAAAAAGAUUAAUUAUUUAAUUGAGCUAUUAUUAAUUGAAAGGAUAUAAAAUUUCCCACCUACAUAUGUAUAUUCUAAUAGGAAAGAUAUUCUUCAACCCUAAUUAGAACAAAGAAAACAUGAAACCAAGUUUAAUGGGACAGAUUCAGAUUCUAACAUAUAAAGGAUUGUUAUGUUGUUGGGAAAAAAAUGACAAAGUUAAUAAUAAUUUGUGUGGGAGGCAGUUAAACCACAUUUCUGCUUGUAAAUGGGUGAGGAACCAUAUGGUCUCUCCCAAAACUUUCCACAAGGUUCUGUGAUGUGGGAAUACUACAUACCAUGUGUCUCUUGACUUUUACGCAUUGAUUUUAUGUGGAUCCCAGAAUCACCAGAUUGAUUUUAUGAGUAAAAUGUGUUUUAAUACUGCACAUACAUAUUUCACUUUGACUAAUUUUUUCAGUUACAAAUAUAUCCAUGUGUUUUAUUUUUUUAUUUAUUAUUCAUUUUUCCAUAAGUUGGGGUACAGGUGUUAUUUGGUUACAUGAGUACUUUAGUGGUGAUUUGUGAGAUUUUGGUGCACCCAUCACCCGAGCAGUAUACACUGCACCAAUUUGUAGUCUUUAAUCCCUCGUCCCCCUCCCACUC